AUGGGAAACAAAGAUUGUCUGGAAAAUACAGAUGAACAGAAUGUGGAUUUAAAAAGCGAAUCCAUGCAUCCAUAUCCUACUAUUCAGAGUAUAAGAGAACAUAUUAAAUCUGGAAAUAAAGAAGGGGUUCGAUAUCAUUUAAGUGAGAUAUCGAAAGAUAUUGAAAAAUACAAUAACGAGCAGAAGAAAGCUUUGAAAAAUCAAUUACUUUUGCAUUUAGCAGUCACAUAUGACCAGACCAGCGAAAGUGUUGAGAGAUUUUUGAAAUACCUUCCUGGUGACAUUUUACUAGAACAUGAAGACGGCCAAACAGCUCUACACGUUGCCAUAGUCAUGGGGAAUUAUAAAGCUGUUAAAAUGCUUCUAAAAUAUGCUACGGAAAACGACAGGACGAAGAACUUGUUAGAAAGUUAUGCUGAUGGAAACCAAUUCAAGAACACUGUUCUUAUAGGGCAGUUGCCUUUGUCGGUAGCCGCUCUCAUGCUGAAAGCAAAUGAUCCAAACUCUACAGAUAUUGUGGAUCAUCUGAUGAAAAACGGCGCUUGCAUUUCAAAGAAAAACAAACAUGGCGAUACAUUAUUUCAUUCGCUGAUCAAAUACGGUGAUAUUUACCCAGAUAAGAUUUUCGAUGUUACUUUUGCUUUUAAGUAUUUGUGGGAGAAAUAUACAGAGAAAGCUUCCUCUGAUAAAGAAAGUAUCUCUAAACCUACAGAUAUUUUGUUCUGGGAAAAUAAAGAAAACUUGACGCCGCUGCAACUGUCUGCCAAGCUUGGCGUCGGUGAAAUCUUUGACUACAUCAUUAAUAUUUCAGACGUGUACUGUUUCCAAAAUGCUAAGGAUGGUCUCUUCGACAUCCGAACAUAUGAUGUGACUGAAUUUGACCGAUUAAUACGGUAUAUAGAAAACAACGAUGGACAAAAAAUUGGAGAACUUUCAAUAUUAGAAAUGUUAUUUGACUCGCGGUGUAGCAUGAAAGAAGCUUUUCAAAUUCUUAACCAGAAAGUAGUUCAAUUCAUCUUAAAGAAGAAGUGGAAAACCUAUUUUGUUCCCAUGGCCAUCUGGCUGGUAAUGCACUUUUUGUUCAUUUCUUUCGCAACAAUGGUGACCGUGCAAAAAUCUGAUGCUUUAACAUGUUCUAUUGGAAAUCCAGAUUCGUGUGUUGUAAAUGACAAUUUCUAUAUCGUUGGUGUUAUGUAUUUCUUGAUUGGACUGAUUUACUUCUUCAUUGCUGUUAUGGUUGUAUGGAAGUUAUCAGAACGUUGUUAUUACUUCAGUUUUGGAUUAGUUUGGCAUAAUCUUGAUUACAUCAUUUGUUUAACGGUGGUGUCUUUUGGCGCUAUAACAGAAUCUAUAUUUAUUUUUCUUCGGAGACAUUGGGACUAUCACCUAGUAUGCUUAUUGCUAUGCGGGUGGUAUUUCAUGCUUUAUUUUUCUCCUUUUCACGAAAAUCUUGUCGCUUUCACAUACAUGAUGAAAACGGGGCUCCUCAGAGAUUUCUUUCCAUUUUCUUUCACAUUUACAUUCCUUUUAAUAUCGUUUACCACGGUCAUGCAUGUCCUUUUCAAAGGGACGGAUGAAGAUCCAGAGGAAUUCCAUACCUUUGGAGAGUCAAUUUUAACCAUGUUUAAGAUGGGGGUUGGUCUUAAUGAUAUUGGUGUUCUAAAUCAAUCGAGAAUCCCGUGGUUGGCCUAUACAAUGUUCGUGCUCUUUGCAAUUUUAUCAUUUAUACAUCUGCUGAAUGCUCUUAUCGCCAUCAUGUCUCAGACGUUUUCAGAUGUUCACAAGGAAAAAAGCUCAUAUCACAAGUACCAAAGACUGUGUAUGAUAGAGUUAUUUGAAGAUAUCAUGAUUACUCCUUUUCUGGUUAAAGUUGUACCAUGCAUCGAUCAGGCAAAACACUGGACUCCGAGAGAGUUACCUCAUCCCAAAGGUAAUGGUAUAAAGAGAUAUCGCUAUUUGACAACUGUUCAUUCAUUGGACGAAUCUUUUUACGAUAGGGAUGAAAAAGAAGAGAAAAAUAAAUCUGAUGUAAAUCAAGUAAUUGAUUUGAUACGAAAUGGAAACAAUGAAAUAAUUGACUUAAUAAGAAAUGGAAAUAAAAUGCGCAGAAAUAAAGAUGUAACAUUUGUGGUGGAAAAAAUCCAUCAUGACCAAACACAUCAAUUCCCUGAAAUUAAAUAA